GCGUCUGAUUCAACCUGCUGUUGUCUGCACAAAUCUGCUGUUCUAUUCACAAUAUCACUACUAUUUUAGCGACGACGACGCUUAUUCGGUUCUUGUGCUUUCUGCUUAUCUUUCAAGACAAAUAAUUUCUUUCUUGGAAUUCCUUAACACGUUUUUGUCGUUGCUUCGAAUAUUCAACGGCCGGUGUAGGCUUCGAGAAUGUUGGAUGUUUCUUUUCCUGCAUUUAUUGUAUGGUUUUUCCACCAGAUAUGGCAGUGGCUGUUCAUAUUUGGGGAAUGACUUAUUAGGUUUAUCAGAUCCAAUUCACACACAGCAGUCUAUUCCACCGUUUUUUCUUAAUAAGAUGAAAUGAUUGCCAACAACGAGGACUUAUUAAUAGAGAUCCUACUAUGGCUGCCGCCAAAAUCCCUGAUGAGAUUCAAGCUGGUAUGCAAGCAGUGGCUCUCCAUAAUUGCAAGCCGGCAUUUUUCUGAGCUACACACCCGACAGCAGCGUGACCACCUGUCUCAUGAUAAUACACUCAGACCUUCCCUUCUCCUUCGCCUUGCAGAGUCAUCAAAUUACUUUCAUAUCCAACAAAGCUUCCAAGGUCAAAAGUGGUCAUCGUAUCACUUCUCUCCAACUCUUAGUCGACCAAUUGUUCGGGGGUUCUCCAAUGGGCUGUUUUUACUUCAGUGUCAAAAUGGUGAGCAUCCCCUUGAAGAGUGCCAUGUUUACAAUCCAGUCACCAAGGAAUCUCGAGUGAUUUCCCUCAACAACAGUGACCAGUCUAGAUGCGUUGUCGGCCUCAACUUAGCAUUCGAUCCUUUAAAAUCACCUCACUACAAAAUUGUAUGUGUCAGGACUACUAGAAGGAGGUCAUCUCUUUUGUGGCGGAGUUGGUGGCGUCGUUGUCAGAUUGAGGUGUAUGAGUCCGACACUGGUGCCUGGAAGCUUCAUGAAGAAACAAUAUUAGCCCCAAGCAACACCCAUUUCCAUCAAGGCAUAUAUUGGAAUGGUGGAAUUCAUUGGAAUAAGAUCUUCUUUGAUCUCCAUGGAAAUUGCGUCAGAAAACAUCCUGAGGUUUUGAUUCCGGAUGAUCCUAGAACAGUGAAGUUUUGUGAUUAUGUUGAAUCCAAUGACUAUCUGCAUUAUGUUGUAUAUCUCCCUGAAGAGAAAUCCGUUAUGGUCUUUGAAUUGCUAAGUGAUUACUCCAGUUGGACAUUGAAGUACCAUAUUAAUCUGGAUAUAUUUUCUAGGCCACUUUCUGUGUUAAGCAUGAUCAGAAGAGAGAGUGAAGAAGAUGACAUGUUGAUACUUCACAAGCCUGGCAUGAUUAUGGCUUACAGGUUUAGGGAUAAAUCAGUAGAAGUGAUUGUCAACUUUGAAGAUGAGGAGUUUUACAAGGAGCAAUGCAUUCAAUUCUUUUCCCAAUGCACUAUUCAGUACACUGAGACUCUAGCACCUCCUUGACUGCUGUUCAUGGUGGUUAAUUUGAUUACAGUUGCUCGAGACAAGCAGAACUGGCAUUGUGCUGAAGAAAUGGCUUGUAUGCGUUCUACAGACGAUACAAAUUUCAUCUGCAAAAAGAUUGCUUGGGAAUGUCUUUGUCAAAGUGGCUGAACAUGAGCAUAUUUGUAGUUGGUAUCAUCAUUACAUUACACCUUCGCCUUGUGGAGAUGGAAGCUUGUGGAUUGAUAAUCUAUUUUGUUGUAUUAUCUGAAGGAUCAUAGAUAAUAUUUAAAGAGAAUAUUGUUCUUGUAAUGCUAUGAUCAUCUCAAGGAUGGAUACAUUCAAUUAAUUGUGAAUUACGAUGGCAGCUACCUAAAUGACACUAUUUCCCACUUGUUUC